AUGAUAGAGACCCGAUCUUAUCAAGAAGGAAGUCUGUGGUACUAUGCACCGAACCAGGGUGCCCCCAUCGCCUUCGCUGCUCUCUUUUUCAUUUCAGGAGCGAUCCAUUUCUUUCAAUGCUUUAAAUAUCAUUCCUGGAAAGUGACAGGUCUACUGCCAUGGUCUGCUCUUUUGUUUACUGCUGGAUUCAUAACGCGCACUAUUGGUGCAUUCUAUCAAUGGGAAAAUGUUGGAGUUUAUAUUGCGAGUACGGUCUGUCUUCUCGCCGGACCUCCUGUAUAUGAAAGUGCCAACUACUUUAUCCUGGGCCGCAUACUCUACUAUAUUCCGUAUCACUCGCCCAUCCACCCAGGCCGCGUGUAUACAACCUUUAUUGCUAUGGGCAUAGCGAUUGAAGUUAUCACUGCAAAUGGUGGUGUUAAAAUCGCCAACGACAACUCAACAGUCGCUGACCAAAACGUUGGAAAGGCAUUACUGAAGGCGGCUCUUAUCAUGCAGCUUGCUCUGAUGGCGGGCUUCGUGACACUAGCUUCCCGGUUCCAAUUCAACUGCGCUCGAGGAGGGGUACUAAACUAUAAAGUUAAACGCUGUCUGCGUGUGCUGUACGUCAGCUGCACACUCAUCACUAUCCGAACCAUCUACCGCACAGUCGAGUAUUUCACUGCUGCCAGUUUGAGUGCUUCCAGCGAUGCUCAGAAUAUCAGUCCUAUUAUUAAACAAGAGUGGUUCUUCUGGGUUUUUGAAGUGGUUUUCAUGUACGGCAACACCACUUUGCUUAAUGUCUUUCAUCCGAUGAAGGCACUUCCUCGAUCGAACAAGGUUUAUUUGGCCCAAGACGGUCAAACAGAGAUCAAGGGUCCUGGGUUCAAAGAUGAUCGUCCCUUGUAUAUGACAUUUAUUGAUCCAUUCGAUAUUUUCGGCAUGAUUGUCAACAAGGGCAAGAAAGAGAAGUACUGGGAGGUCAGUGAAGUCCUUCAGCCUACUGAUGUUCAUUACAAGACUGCACAGGCUGUGUAG